CCGAAUCUCCUCAGCACCUCGCUCGCCUCAAAGCCGUGGAGAGUACCCCUUGCGCGCACCCCGACAGGAAGCAGGCCCAUCCAGUCCAUCCAGCAGGGAAACCCCACGACAGCUAGCCACCAUGUCGAAAGCUACCAUCGCCGUCAUUGCCGCCGUAAGCGCCGCCGGUGGUGCCGCGGCCACUGCCGCCAUGCUCUCCCUCAAGAGCGACAAGAAGGUCGACACCACCUCGCUGAACGCUCCGGUUCCCGCUGCCCCUUCUAAGCCUGGUCCGGUCCCCGCCAGCCAGGUCUUCAGCGCGCCCGCUCUCGCCGGCGGCUAUAAACCCGUCGACCCCUCGGGCUUCUUCGAGUACGGCUUCCCGGGCCCCGUCGCUGACCUCGCGACCCGCCAAGGCUUUGUGUCCUCGUACGACCGCCGCACCAAGAACCCGCACUGGACGGUGGAGCACAUCACGCCCGAGUCCCUGUCCAUCUCCGAAGGCGACCGCAAGAAGUCUACUUUCGUCGAAGACGAGGCGAUCCCCGAAAAGUUCCGCGGCAAGCUCAAGGACUACUUCCGCUCCGGCUUCGAUCGCGGGCACCAGGUUCCCGCGGCCGACUGCAAGUGGUCGCAAGCCGCCAUGGACGACACCUUUUACCUGUCCAACAUGUGCCCGCAGGUGGGCGAGGGUUUCAACCGCGACUACUGGGCGCACUUUGAGGAUUUCUGCCGUCGCUUGACGAAGCAGUACCCUUCCGUCCGCAUCGUCACCGGACCUCUGUACCUGCCCAAGCGCGACCCCAGCGACAACAAGUGGUACGUCAAGUACGAGAUGAUCGGGCAGCCCCCUAACGUGGCGGUGCCGACGCACUUUUACAAGGUCAUCUUUGCCGAGGACGGCAAGAAGGGAGGAAAUGUUGCGCUAGGAGCCUUCGUGUUGCCCAACGCCAAGAUCCCCAACGAUAAGCCGCUGCAGGACUUUGAGGUGCCCCUGGAGGCGGUCGAGAGGGCGAGCGGUCUCGAGUUUGCGAGCAAGUUGCCGGUACAGAGGAGGAAGAGGCUGUGUGCGGAGGCGAACUGCUCCCUUAUUGUCAAGGACUAUGCCGAGAGGCAGAAGUCGUUUGGCAAGAAGCAGUAGAGGGAUAACAAAGGUAUUUUGGGGAGAAGAAGGGGGGGGAGGGAUAGAGAGAGAAAGAGAGAGAGAAAAAUGGUUGUAUCGAGGAUGGUAUUACCCAAGAUGACCUCUUGUGUACACCUCGAUUUCUUGCUGUGACGAAGGUUGGGGAUGAGGUCGAUAAAUGGGAGUCUAGCGGAGAAGGCCGCUGUGAGGCUUGUACUUACAUACAGGCGGGUUGUGCAUAGCAUCAUACAUGAGCAUAGUUUAGCGUUUUAUGAUUAUACCCCCAUUGGAAAGGGAACACCGUC